AUGACAGCAGCGCAGUCCUCAGCUGCUGACCUCGCACUAAAGUCCAGUGUAGAGGAGGGUGGGGUGGACGAACUGGUGUGCUCGGAGGUCCCACCAUAUCAAGCUGUGAGAAUUAGAACAGAUGGAGAACAUGUUGAGAGUCCAAGUGCCUCACAAGAGGAGAGUUAUUCGCCUGCAGCUGAAAAUCCACUCAGAAGAAUACUGCAGCCUUUUGGAUGGCACCUGCAUGCCCAGCCCAGAACCAAGCGGAAGUUACUACAGUCUACCAGCUCUGGACCCUACUCCUCACUGACUGUAGCUUACAACGGCAAGAUAUGCAUCCUUUUCAAAGUGAAGAGACUGGCUAUUCGUUACAGAAACAACACUUUCCUGGACCUCACAGAGAGGGUAUUUGGACCCAGUGCACAAGUAGACACCAAAGGCUCUGUUUGUACAAAGGAGAAGGCCACGCUGUCUUUACGUUUGGGUGAUGUGGAAGACAUCAGGGCACUUGUCAUCAGGCUUCAGAUGUCCAACACAUAUUAUGAAUCAGUAGGCCAGAACUGGUUCACUCUGGACAGCGUUCACAUCCACUACAACUGGACUCAUGAGGCCACGUUCCCACGGAGCUCCCACACUGACAGCUCGGCAAACUGGCACAUCACAUUCACAGAUUUUCAGGUAGCUGCCACAAAAUGUGCUUGA